ACAGAAAUUUUACCUUUUUUAUAAAUAUCCUAAAUUACGAACCUUUCUUUAAUUCUAUGAUAAAAGCAAACCACUUGAUGUGACGCGUCAAUCGGCUUAUCUACACUGCAUAUAUAUGUCAAACACUUUGUACAAUAAAGUAUGGAGAGACACACAGGAAAAGCUAUCGGACAUUUUGGCUUGCGAACCGGACCCAGAAACUCAAGCGCCUGUAAAGGAUCGUGGUAAAGCCUUUCAAUUACUAGCAACAUUUUAUAUCAAGUACAUACAAAUUUUCCGAAAUUUGGAACGAUGUUAUGAUCAAAUUUUACAUCCUCAAAAAAGACGUCUACUUAGAACUCUUCUGGACUCAGUAAUUGGGAGAUUUCUAGAAAUAAAACAGGAGAUGGUGAAAUUGGAACUUUCUGAAUAUCAUUAUUUUGACGAUGUAUUAAUGGAUUUAAAACUGACGCCAAGUGACGUGGAAAUACCAAUACCAAAGUACUUUGUAAAUGAAAAUUUCAGAGCACUGCGAGACAGAGAACAAUUUUUGGAUCAUCUUUUAUCAAGCACAGAUACGGAUGUAACACAGGAUGAAAGUAUUCUAAUGACGGUUGAUCAAGCUGUACUUCUCAUUCAAAGGCAUGAGCGUGCACGUCAGGGCAGAAUAAGAGCCAAAUUUAUGAGAGAAAUUCGUCGGCAGGAAGAAUUCGAAAAAGGUAAAGGUGAAGAUAGAAAACCUUAUACAGCUGAUGAAGCCGCAGUUAUUCUUCAAAAGCUAUGGAGAGGUUAUAUCACUCGUAAGAAAGUUAGUGAAAUGCGUAAAAACGAACUUAUAUGGUUAGGUAUGAUGCCAACAAAUUUACAUUAUAUUUCACAAAAAUCUAAUGUAGUUAAGUUGGCUAAUCGAGUAGAUGCAGUACGUAGAGUAACACAAAAUAUCUAUGAACAAGAAUAUCAACAAGCAUUGAUUCAAGUAAAAGAGAAGAUUCGUGACACUGAAGGUCCAGAUAUGCGUGAAGCAAUGCAAGAUCAAAUACGUCAAUGGUAUAUGGAAUGCAGGGAUGCGACUGGAAAAUUUCCUGACUACCCAGACGAAGAUGAGGGAGGUUCGGCAGUGAUUUUUAAAGAAAAAACACCAGAGGAAUUAGAAAGAGAACUGGAGGAAGAGGCAAAUAAAAAGUCGAAGGGGAAAACCAGCGGAGCGGAAAAAAAGAAAGAUGAUCCAAAAAAGAAGAAAGGCAAAGAAGAACCAGAAGGAUUCAAAUUCUCACCAUCAGCAUUUCUUGAUGAAAUAAAUGAAGGAUGUCAUAAUUAUCAAGCGUUAUGGAAAAAUCGUGAUGAAUCUGACAAUUUUCAACAACAUUAUGAUGAAGAAAUGGUAAAAGAAGAUAAACGUUUAGAAGUUGAAGCUGAAAUACGAGUACAGGUUGAUGAAUUACUUCGUCAAGAGUUGAGAAAUUUAAAAAUUGCCAUUGAUAAAGAACGUGUUAAACGAAAAAAGAAAAAAGGCGGUAAAAAAGGUAAAAAAGGCAAAAAAGGCAAAGGAAAGAAGGAAAAGGAUCUUACACCGGACAGAACAUUGAUUUCACUUUAUGAAGAGCUGGUAUUAGCUGGAAUAAUUAAAAAAGUUGAAAAAUGUUCAAUGAGUGAAUAUUAUGGUGAAUAUGCCUACUUGGGUACAACGUUAAGACAAGCCAAUAUUGAACCGCAACCAACAUUAAGUGAUGUGCGUCGAUUAGUGACAGAAUAUGCUAUUCUACCAUUAGGUUCCCAAACCGUUCAUGAGAAAGCUCCGUUUAUAAAAUCUCUUCUGUUGGCUGGACCACAUGGAACCGGCAAACGGACAUUGGUCAAUAUUAUCUGCACUGAAACUGGAGCUAAUCUGUUUGAUUUAACCGCAGAAAAUAUUGUAAAUAAAUAUCCUGGUAAAGAAGGUCUCAGAAUGUUGAUACACCUAGUUUUAAAACUUGGACGACUUCUUCAACCCUCCGUAAUAUUCAUUGAUGAUUGUGAAAGAAUGUUCAAAAAGAAAGUUCCCAAAAGUGAUCCGGCAGAUCCUAAAAGAUUAACAAAGGAACUACCAAAAGCAAUGAAGAUUAUAAAACCAACUGAUCGUGUCCUACUUAUUGGUUGUUCAUCAGCACCAUUCGACGCAGAAGUUCGACCAUUCUGUAGAUUUUAUCAAAAAAUUAUCUUAUUACCAAGACCAGAUUAUGCUUCAAGAAAUAUUAUCUGGAGGACACAAAUUGUACGUCAUGGAGGAAUAUUAACAGAAGAUUUAGAUAUUACUUCAUUAACAAAAAUAUCUGAUGGUUAUACAUCAGGUCAAAUAGCUCAAGCAUGUGCUCAAGUGAUCACAGAACGACGUAUUGCUCAAUUAAAUAGGAAAUGUUUAAAAGCUGCAGAAUUUAUUACACCAUUGUCUCAAGUUGAUCCAGUAUUCGCUGAUGAAGAAGAAGCUUAUAAGAAAUGGUAUCGUAAAACACCUCUUGGUAAACAGAAAGCUGCAGCUAUUCAAGCUGAAAUUGAAGCAGCAACUGGUAAAGCUGGCAAGAAGCGAUGAAUUAUUGAUCAAGAAUGAAACUAUUUCUUUCUUCUAGCUUCUUUUUUUCUAGCUUAAUGCACACAAUGAAAAUAGAAAAUGUCAUGGAAUC